GCCCGGAUCACAUCAUUUUCUCCCAUUGACAGAAAUCUUCGAAUUUGUUUAAAGAGCUAGCUUCUCCACAUCAAAAGGCAUUAAGUGAAACUCAUUAUCUCUUGAGAGAGAUCUACUGUUGUAAGCAAUGAAACAAGGAAGGAAGAGUUGUGACCAAAAGAAAUCAUUCGUACGAGCUGAUUUCCCCCAAGGUUUCUUGUUUGGAACUGCUUCAUCUGCUUACCAAUACGAAGGAGCAGUGAAAGAAGGUUCCCGAGGAGAAAGUAUGUGGGAUGCUUUUGCUCGCAAGUAUCCAGAAAGAAAUUGCCGCUCUAACGCGGACGAGACCGUUGAUUUCUAUCAUCGUUACAAGGAGGAUAUUCAAAGAAUGAAGGAUAUAAAUAUGGAUGCUUUUAGAUUCUCCAUCUCCUGGGUCCGGAUAUUACCUUAUGGCAAACUAAGCAAGGGAGUGAACAAGGAAGGAAUUAGAUUCUACAAUGAGCUCAUUGACGAACUACUAGCCAAUGGAAUUACACCGCUAGCAACUUUGUUUCAUUGGGAUACACCUCAAGCUCUAGAAGAAGAAUAUGGCGGAUUUCUAAGCGAAAACAUUGUAGUGGAUUUCCGAGAUUUUGCUACCAUAUGCUUUGAAGAAUUUGGAGACCGAGUGAAGCUAUGGUUAACAAUAAAUGAACCAUGGGUCUAUAGCGUAGGUGGCUAUGAUGCGGGAAGAAAAGCUCCAGGACGUGCCUCAAAAUACAUGAACGAUGCAGCCAAAGCUGGAAAAUCCGGUCACGAGGCUUAUAUCGUUAGUCACAAUCUUCUUCUGGCUCAUGCCGAAGCCGUUGAAGCCUUCAGGAGUUGCCGUAUUUGUAAAGAUGGAAACAUCGGUAUGGCGCAUUGUCCUUUGUGGUACGAGCCAUAUGAUUUAGCUUGUGUUGAAGAUAAUGAAGCAGCCGAGCGAGCUAUGGAGUUUAUGUUUGGAUGGCACAUGAAUCCAACGGUGUACGGAGAUUAUCCUGAAGUGAUGAAAAAAAUUGUUGGAAAGAGAUUACCGUCUUUUACCGAAAGCCAAUCAAGAAAGUUAAAAGGAUCUUUUGACUUUAUUGGUAUUAACUAUUAUAGCUCUGUUUACGCUAAAAACGUUGCUGAAGUAGAUCCCGACAAGCCAUUUUGGAGAGCAGAUCAACAUGUUGAAUGGAAAAAACAAAAUAAAGCAGGCAAGGCCAUUGGUGCACAGGGUGGGGUUGACUGGAACUUGAUGUAUCCACAGGGAUUACGAAAAGUUCUGAAUUAUGCCAAGAAUAAAUAUGGAAACCCUAAAUUUAUAAUCACUGAAAAUGGACAUUGUGAUGCAUACGAAAAGAAGAAGCCAAAAAUCUGUGAGUUGAUGGAUAUGAAGAGGACUGAUUAUCACAAGAAACAUAUUAGCAACCUUCACAAGGCCAUAUAUGAGGAUGGAGUCCAAGUAGGUGGAUAUUUUGCAUGGUCAUUGCUGGAUAAUUGUGAAUGGAAUUGCGGAUAUGAAAUACGGUAUGGAUUGUUCUACGUGGACUAUGAAAAUGGGCUUGAGCGUUAUCCAAAAAUGUCGGCGAUGUGGUUCAAGGAGUUCUUGAAGAAAAGAGACGAAGACAUGGUGAAAAAAUCACAAGCGAAAAGGGUUAAGGUGUCGGAGUUUUAAAGCUAAGCAAGUGUAAUGUAAUAACUAAUAACUAAUAAGGUAUGGCCGUUUGCUUACUAUGUUAAUGUUAAUUUUCCUUUUCAAUUUUGUAUAGAAGGUGAAGAGUUUUCUCCUGCCUGAAAUAAAAUGUUUUCAUGAUUCGGAAUGAAAUAAGAUUUCAAAAAGUUUCCUAAUAUGUAUCGAUACAAACGAAACUUACUCUAGGUCGUGAUCUAUAUUCACCAAAUCAAUCAGUAAAAUUGGCCUUGACGCAAGCAUACGAGGAUACCUGUUCACUUCCAAGUCAAUUCCAUGAUUUCAUCACGUACAAUUUUCACAUUGAUGUGCUUUUCUUAUUUUAAAGUCACGAUACGAAGCAAUAAAGAGAAGUCAUUAAUAUAGUUUGAAGAACGACUAGUAUUUGUCAGAGCACUGAUAGUUAGAUUUCAGAUAAAUAAAUAUGUGAA